GUCAUCCUGUAAGCAGGCACUCUUUUGUCGUCAGUACAUCUGUGUUGACUACCGUGGCGGGUUUUCGAGUUAAUUAAAAAAGUGAUUUAUUUUAUUUUUUACAAAGUGUUGAUAUCAAAAUGAAAUCAUGGAAAUAUGGUAAAGAGCAUCAUAUGAAAAGUUACAAGGGACAUCAUCACAUUGCACAAGAAUUUUUUUUGAAUCAAAUGAUGAAAAGAUAUGAAUUAAAAAGUUUAUUUUAUGCAAAAAUAUUUAAAAAACUCAUGAAGAACAUACAUUUUAGUGAUUUAUUACACUCCGAGUUGUACUCAAACAAAAUGGAAAAGAGACAUGACAAAUUUGAAAGAGAAAUGGGGCCAGAAUUACAUUUUAAAAAAAUGAAAAGAGGACACAAUUUCAAGAAAAUGAAAAAAGAACAUCAUUUUAAACAUAUGAUGAAUAAUGGAUUUAGUCAUUCUUAUGAGGAAUCAGAUUUUGAACCAAAACGAAAUUUUGAUAAAAUAAAAAGAGGACACCAUUUUAAAUUUACAAUGAAGAAAAGACGUCAUAAUUCUGAUAUCGAAUCAGACUCAGGACCUAAAUCACAUUUUAUGAAAAUGAAAAAGGGACACCAUAUCAAACAUAUGAUGAAGAAAGGCCAUCAUUUUAAAAAUAUGAUGGACGGCAAAAAAAAUAAAAAACAUCAUAUGAAUAAAGAAAAAUGCAAAAGGAAGUACAAAUAUCAUGGACCUAAUAAAAAACAUAAUUUGAAUUCAAUUAGCAGCAGUAGUGAUAGCGAUAGUGAAGAUUAUAUGGAAUCCGAUACUUACUCUAUUGUGACAGUUUAAGCAUUUAAUUUAGAUAUUUACAAUAUGUGACCUAAUAUCUACUAGUUAAAACUUAAUUUAAAGUAUUUUUUAGUUACAAACUUUUAAGCUGAUUACCAUAAAAGUUUAAAAUUAAAAUGAUUAAAAUUAUUGUAGUCUUUGAUUUGUGAAAUCAACAGAGAUAAUUUUAUUUUUAUUAUACCUUUUAAAUUUAUAUUAUUAAUUUUUGUUUGAAUUUGAAUAAAUGCUUUUUAAAGA